CCAUUACAGGUUGAGCCCUUUUUGCAGCUUAUUUUUAAUAAAUAGUCUAAGAGAACUGAGGAGGGAGCUUUGCAUUUGGAGUGUUAGUGUAUAGAGUUAUUCAGCUACUGAAGAACAUGAAUAUGUCUGUUUUCAAUUUCUUUUAGGGUAUUUGAUUUUUGAUGUUUGUGAGCACUUGUUUAUGUGUGUUCUAUCAGAUGCUGAGGACGUGCUCUUUACCAGUCCUCAGUAAAGUGUUCAGUGAUGCUGCAGAAGCUGAAGGUGCAGUCGCUCUUGACAGCAACCUGGAGAUUGAAGAUUUGGAGGAUAAAGCAGAUGAGAAGUCUGAAUCUGAGGAUGUAUAUGAGGAUGAUGAUUUGAGGGAGCUCAGAGCAUCUAUGGAGAGGCUUCUCCGGGAGCAGCGCAGUGAUAAUAAAGAUGAUGAUGAUGGUGAUGAUGAAGAUGAAGAUGAGGAAGAUGGUGGUGGAUCCAGGGCUGGUGAUGACAAACACAGUCCAGAGGAACAGAGUGUUUUAAUGGAAUGGCUGAGCAAGAUGAUGAUGUAAGCCAUGGUGAAGAAGAACCUGGAAGGGUCAGUUACUAACGGAAUGGAGGUUGAGGAAGAUGAAGAACAGAACCGCAGUGAAGGCCAGCUCAAUGAGGAGUGGCGGUUAUGUAUCCAUAAACCGCUGCAUAUGAUAACCGUAUCCUCAAACAGAGCACAAGGGCUGAAUGCAUGCACAAACACAGAACAGAACAGCUGCUAACUGUAUCCAUGAAUACAGCAUUGUGGCUAUCUAGAUCCACAAACACAGCAUACAGCUAACUUUAUCAUACAUCUGUGAACAUAACAAAACAGCUUAAUGUACCUGUCAACACAGUGCAACAGCUAUCCACAACCGUUAAUGCAACACCUAACCUAACCACAGUGAAACGGCUAACCUCUUCUGUUAGCACAGCACAACAGCUAACCCCAACCACUAACACAGCACAGUGGCCAACUUAAUACACUAAAACAGCGAAUUACAACACUGCUCACUUCAUACACAAACACAACACAAUUACUAACUGCAUCUGUCAACACAGAAUAACAGAUAACUGUGUCUGCAAGCACAGGUUAAAUGCUAACAUACUCUUUAAAUGCAACCCAAUAGCUAAUCAUUUUCACAAACACGACAGCUAACCUCGUGUAUUGUGUAUACACAACCAACUAUAUUUAAAACAACUCUGAACAAUUACAUUAGCAAACACAUCUCUAUGGAACAAUAACAUUAAUGCAAUAAACAUGUUCAACUGUUGCGAAGCUCACUAAAAAUUAUGUAUUGUGUUUAUUGAGCUAAAUAUAUUGUUGUGGCUAAUUACAUCUGACGAUGGAUUGGGUUUGCAUGACUACAGUGUGGAAUGAUGUUGGCAAAUGAUACUUUCAAUACUGACAUAGGUCAGCAUAGUAUCAGCCAAUGUUCCACAACAAUACACUCUCACUGUGUGAACUUUGAUAGAUUGUAGUGCAUGCUUUAUCUCUGUGCAUGGAUGUGAAUGCAGAUGACAGUGAGGAAGAGGAAGAUGAAGACCUAGAGCAACAGGACAGCAUCUUCAGUCGUCUGGAGGAGCUGCGGUUCCAUCUAGAGCAGGCCAUGGGCUUUGAGAACUUCUUUCUAGCCUACAACAAGAUCAAGGUCGGAGUUCCUCGAUUUUGCAUUAAAUGUCAACUCUCACCAUGUCUUCAGUGAAAUGAAGUGGUUUUGUGUCCAGGUGAAUGCUUUGCG